AUGCCGGAUCGGCAGGGCUCGCGACAUUCGCCCGCGGACCUUGGGCGCCUCAGCGCGGCCGACACCGGCCCGGACGGGGACCGCCGGCCUGGCGCCACCUGGGACGGUCGAGGCGGGCGGGGCCCUCCGGCGGGCCGGGAGGCCCGGCCGGGCGGCCGCUGCGGGGAGGCGGCGGCGCGCGGGCGAGCGCAGCCCGUCGUCCCUUCCUCGGCCGGGCGGCCGGCGCGACCACGGCCGGUCUCUAGGCUCUCCAACCGCCCCCCCCGGUCGGGGGAACUGGGGUGGCCGGAGGAACCCCAACAGGCCGGCCUAUGCGGGCCCGGGUGCCCAGCCGGUCGCGGGCGCCGCGCCCGGGAGAAGUGCACGCAGCCGGGCGCAGAGGCGCCCCUGGACCCCGGCUAG